AUGAUCAUGCCAAUCCGCCGAUCUGCCUUCGAUCUUGAAGGUGUUGUAAAAGGCCGCGUCCCAAUCCGUAUACUCGAUGGAGGGAUGGGUACAGUACUGCGAUCUUCAGGAGUGGCAUUCAAAGGAUCACUUUGGGCCUCUUCAGCCAAUUUGACCAGCCCGCAAGCCAUUGUUGACAGUCAUCUUGCCUUCCUGAACGCGGGAGCUGAUAUCCUUCUCUCAAACACAUAUCAAGCGACUCCCCAAUUUGAAAUACCGCAAUUCUUGAGAACUGGUGUUCAGCUAGCUGCUUCGGCUCGAAAUACGUACGUACAAGGUCAAAGUGGUUUCCGUAACCGACAACGACCCCACAUUGCCUUAUCUCUUGGACCUUAUGGUGCGACCCUUCCCUUGGCGGCCGAAUAUACGGGGUUGUAUCCCCCACCUGUAUUUGGGCCUGCACCUAUUGGAUCUCACGAAGAGUCAGCUUCGAAACGAGUUUCUGGAAGCCAGCAACUGGAUAGCAGUAAUGAUGACAUUGACUCCUAUCUUUCAACAAACGCUUUCUUCACAACGCCCGUUUCCAGGGAGGGCAGCAGUAAUGCUUCUCAUUCUUCUGAACAUCAUGCCAAUGAGGCGUCUGUCGAGGCGCUCGCGGAGUGGCAUUAUAAGCGUUGCUCCGUAUACGCCUUGCACGCGCACAUCUGGAAUGAAAUUGAUUAUCUUGCCUUUGAAACAGUCCCCCUUGUUCGCGAGGCUGUGGCCAUUCGUCGGGCUCUCCACAAGCUCUACGCUUCCCCCACGAGUGCUGAUGAUUCCACCAAGAUCGAGUUGAAACCAUGGUGGAUAAGUUUCACCUUCCCAAAUGGUGAACUGCCAGAAGAAUCUUACGUCGGCGGCCCAAAGCUAGGUGUCGAAGAGAUUGUACACGCACUCUUUACCGAUGAUAAUGCUUCUGCUUCUGCUGAAACGAAACCAGAGGUUUCUUCAACACCGCUGCCCAUCCCAUUCGCCAUUGGGAUCAACUGUACCGCACCAUGUUACAUACCAAGCAUCUUAGCUCAGCUUUCGUCUGCUCUCUCAAAACUGCACGAGAAGCUGGCACAUCAAACUCGACCAAGUAAUUCUCGCCCAUGGCUCGUCCUCUAUCCAAAUAGCGGUUGCUGGUACAAUGCCGAAAACAAAACGUGGCACAAAGUCGAAACGGGGCCUUCAACGGUAGUACCCAUCGGUGAAAUACACCAAUUAAGGCUCAGUUGGGCGGAAGAAGUCGUUAGGAUCAUAGAGCCUUACGUCUCCCUCCCAAAUUCGGAAAGUCCCUUCGGUGGUUUCAUCAUAGGAGGCUGCUGCCAGACGAAACCGGACGAUAUCGAAAAACUUCGCAACCUGCUUUUGCCGCCAUCUUGAAACGUUGAUUAACUGAAAAAACAUCCUAUAUUAAUGUCUUCCAUUUGGCUUACAAAGCUUGCGAUAGUUUGGGUGUUUGUUCUGCACUAUUCCAGUGAAACGCAUGCACGCUUUUUUGACAGAGGUAUAUACAGUUUGCACACGGUAUCGCAAAUUAUUGCUAAGAGUCAAGACAAAGCUGCGGGUCCGGUGCCGUUUCAUGCAGUUGUGUCACAUAUGGUACAUUAGCAAGUGGAACCGCAAGAAAACC